GUGGGCGGGGAGGCUGGGGCUCCCACCAGGCGCUCUGUUCACUCCAGGGUCUGUGGAAGCCCAGCCCUCAGCUCCCAUUGGUGGCCGCUCCCCGCUGGGGGGAGGGAGGGGGAUAAAGCCAGAUACUCAGGGGCUGACACCAGUGGCUCUGUCCCUCCCUCUGUGGCCUGGUCCAAGAUGGGUGCGAGCCUCCUGCUGCUGGGCCUCUCCUUGUUGCUGGGCUUCCUGCAAGCUCUACCGUGUUUCCAGUGUCCACGAGUCAACGCCAGCGGGGUUUGCGAGACUGGGGAAAGUGUCUGCGAGACUCAGGGCAGCCAGCGGUGCUUCCUGAGGAAGGUCUACGAAGAUGACAGGCUCCUGUAUGGAUACCAGGGCUGUGGGGACCUGUGCCUCUCCAUGUCUUUCUUCAGACAAAGUGUUCAAGUGGAUUUUGUAUGCUGUAAUGACACCCCUUUCUGUAACAGAUUUUAGAGACUUGGCCCUUUAGCCCUUUUCUCCCAUUUAGCCCUUUUCUGUACUCCUGGAGCCUCAAAGGACGGGGCCAUCCUUCCCCAGCACUGUUCAAGCCCCGAAGCCUGCUCCUACUAAGCUACGGGUGGUGACAUUUCCACAGCUUCACCCACCAGACUGAUGCUUCCUGUUUCCCAUCGCCCCUGCUGCUCUUUUUCUCAGAUUCCUGUCUCCCCCUCCCCUUUCUCUCUCUGUACCUACAUCCCUCCUCGCUUCCCCUGUCAUUGGCUGGCAUAUAACAAGCUCUCCCUCCUCCCCCUUUUCCUUCCUCUGACAAAUA